AUGUGUGCUCGUCCCGUUAACUUGAGAGAUAACGCUGUACGAGAAGUUACUUUUACCAUUAACGCCGCAACUCGGCAAGGUAUCGAAAUUCAAACUGAAAAAAAGUGGGCUGCUGGAUCUAACAAGCAGCACGUCAAUUCCAAGAAUAUUAAUAAAUUGGAUGAAGAAACUGAGGACUUUCAUCAUGCUACAGUUCCGCUCGAUGUCGGACGAAUAAUUAUGCAAGGUAGACAGGCUGCCAAUCUUACUCAAAAAGAACUUGCUACUAAAAUUAACGAAAAGCCGCAAAUAAUUGCUGAGUAUGAACAAGGAAAGGCUAUCCCUAACCAGACUAUCUUGACGAAAUUGGAACGGGCCCUUGGAAUUAAGCUUCGUGGGAAGGACAAAGGCGCCCCCUUGAAUAAUGCCCCAAAGAAAUAA